AUAUGUAGAAACGGCAGGAAUGUGUGUAAGCUCCGAGAUAGACAAAAGCCGUCCGUCACCGAGUUUUGGAUCCCUAGGGGAAGAGUACUCCGUCAGGUCGCGGAAGCCGUUGAUUCAGUUACAGUUAGGUUAAGGGUUUUAAAGUUGUAACCUUACCUAGACCGGAAAAGGGAGUGAAAAUAUCCUGUGAAGGGCAUCGCAGGUAUCUACUUUCUCUUUCCAGAACUGAUUUGUCAUUCGCUUCUGCAAUUUGUUCCUUGUGAUACCCAAGACCUUGCGUUUCGGAUGAAAAACUGUUGAUGAUUGUGGCAGCAUAAGGAGGAAGAAAGGAUGAGUGUGGAGCGCGAGAGGACCCUGGGAAGCGGGGUCGAGCAUGUAUUGAACUAUCUGAAACGUAGGCAGCUCGAGAAUCCUGGUUUCUUGUAUGCAAUGGAGGACGACUGUGGAAAUGUUUUUUGGGCGGAUCCAACUUGCCGGUUGAAUUAUACCUACUUUGGUGAUACCGUAGUAUUUGACACCAGCUACAGGACGGGUAAGAGGUAUCAAGUGCCAUUUGCUGCCUUCACCGGGUUUAACCAUCAUGGGCAGCCUGUUCUUUUUGGUUGUGCUCUCAUACUCAACGAGUCUGAGUCCUCCUUCGGGUGGCUUUUCCAGACUUGGCUUCAAGCAAUGUCUGCUCCCGCUCCUCCUUCUAUUACAGUUGAACCAGAUCGGCUGAUACAGGUUGCUGUUUCUCAAGUUUUCGGUCAGACCCGCCUUCGUUUCAGCCAGCCCCUUAUCUUCAAGGAAACUGAGCAGAAACUUGCUCACGUCUAUCAGUCUCAUCCUACCUUUGAAUCCGAAUUUAUAAAUUGCGUUACUGAGACAAAAACGGCUGCUGAGUUUGAGGCAUCUUGGGACUCUAUCGUCAGAAGAUAUUAUCUACAGGAUAACGACUGGCUCCAAUCCAUUUACAAUGCUAGGCAACAAUGGGUCCGUGUUUUCAUCCGAGACACCUUUUACGGAGAGCUGUCUACAAAUGAAGGAAGCAGCAUUUUGAACUCAUUCUUCCAAGGGUUCGUCGACGCAUCAACUACGAUGCAAAUGCUCAUAAAACAGUAUGAGAAAGCAAUUGAUACUUGGCGUGAGAAAGAACUGAAAGCAGAUUAUGAAGCAACUAACUCUACUCCAAUUAUGAAGACGCCCUCUCCCAUGGAAAAGCAAGCUGCUAGCCUGUAUACAAGGGCAGCGUUCAUCAAGUUCCAGGAGGAGUUUGUUGAGACCCUUGCAAAUCCUGCAAAUAGGAUUAGUGAUACAGGAACUCACACCACUUAUCGAGUGGCUAAGUUCGGAGAAGUUCACAAAGGUCAUACUAUCAAUUUUGACUCUCUUGAGGUGAAAGCUAACUGCAGCUGUCAAAUGUUUGAGUAUUCAGGGAUUAUUUGUAGACACAUAUUGGCCGUGUUCAGAGCUAAUAACGUUUAUACUCUUCCAUCUCGGUAUCUACUGAGGCGGUGGACCAAAGCAGCAAAGACUAGAGACCCUGAGGAACAACCCGAGUUUUCCAACAGUUGUCAAGAAUCUUUAACUGUCUGCUACAACAAUCUACGCCGAGAAGCAACCAAGUAUGUGGAGGACGGUGCCAAAUCUAUUCAGAUUUAUAAAGUUGCAAUGGAUGCCUUGGAUGACGCUGCUAAGAAGGUUGCUGCUGCAAGUAACAAAUUUAGAGGAGCAACACCUGGAACUACCUUUCCCAACAGGGAUUCUUUCCCGUCUGAGGAAGCUCGAGAAACUUCAACUGCAAUGAAUCAUCCAGGGGGUGAAAAGGAGAGGACGAUACUUGAACUGACAACCGAAUUGGAGAGGACAGGCCAGCGAUGCAAAGUUUAUCGAACAAACCUACUGUCUAUCUUGAGAGAUAUGGAAGAACAGAAGUUUCAGCUAUCCCUCAAGGUACAAAAUGCUAGACUAAGCUUGAAAGAGUGAGUGGUACGUGAUGGAUACAUAACAUCACAGUUGUAUGCGGGUUGGCAUUGCCAACAUUUAUGGGAAUCAACUUCGUCUCUUACUCAUUAAGAAAUGAUCGGGAGUACAAUCCAUUGCAAAGGCUACCUAUUGUAACUGAGAAAUCCUGAAAAUUGGGUCCCUCUUUUAAGAAGGCUAAGAUAUUGUACAUGAACAAUCCGAUGAUAAGCCAAAAAAAAAAAAUUAAUAGAUGAGGAAAGCAGUAGGAACUUGAUGCUUAUUUCACAGAUUAUCCUUCAAGCUAAUUUUAAUGUUCUGCACUUUGAUGGACA